AUGCCAUUCGAACCACUCGACCUGCUCGAGAUCCCGCCGCUGCCAUCGUUGGAUCUCGAGCAAUCGGCUCACGUCCGCGAUCAGCUCGUCGCAUCGACAUUCCUCUCAUCCGCGUCAACCACCUUGUCCGGUACCUUUCGCAUCCAACCCCUCCUCAGCGAGUCCGAACCCGGCAUCGAUCCAGUCCUCGAAGCAUUCUCCAAACGCAGCAUCCAGCACGAGGCAGAAUCGACACAUACGUUCGAGCACACAACAUCUUUUCCAUCGCUCCACCGCACCUCGAACAGCGACGUCGAUCUCGACUCUUCUCCUGGCCCUUCACGGCGUCCUGUGCGCCGAUCCGCCUCCGGCUCGAGUCUGAGCUCGCACGAAUCUUCCAUCUGGGAUGAGGAUCUCCGCAUCCCUGCAAAGCCAGCAUCGGUAAAGUUUAGAGGAUCGCCUGCCAAACCCAGGAUCCUGGACCUUGCCGUAGCUGAGUCGUACGGCUCGCAUCAACAGGGCAUCCUCGAGGCCAUCCACGAGCUGGCACUCAAGAACGUCGUAGCUGAAUCCCAAGAUCAGCAUCUUGCUCCCGUGCAUCCGAUCCAAGACGUCGUACGAUCACUCGUCGUCACAGCAACAACCGGCACAUCCUCACACCACUUUCAAUGGGAUCCGGAUUCAGCUUCCUUCGCAUGGUCCGCAACCUUGCAGCAUCGCAAAGACGUUCGUCAGCUGCGAAGGAGAGCCAAGGAGCAAGCUGCGUUGCACGCCUCGUUGAUUGCAGCAGGCGAUCAGGUCGAUCCGCCUGCGCAGCCUCCACCUGCCAUGACACAGCCCUGGAUUGGCACAGAGCGAAUCGAGGGUUGGAGCCAGGCCGCGUCGGACAGCGUCAUUCGCCCCUUUCUCGAUAUUGGUGCGCUGCUACGUCGGAUCGAUGACCGUGUCCUCGCCAUGCACCGGUCUGCCUCAGCACUUUGCAGUGAAGCGACGGCACUAGCAGCAGCCCUCGACACCGUAAUCACCUGGUUCAAGAGCGAGCUUUCCUCACAGACUUCCACUCUGGCCGGCAGUAUCCCAUCCAAAGGUGUCGGCAGCUCUGCUGUCCUGAACGCCCAUGCCGAGCUACAAGCUUGUUCCGCUGUCCUCAGGAGCCUUGGCAACCUCCUCUCCUGCGGUCAGCCCCGUUUGCCGCCCUUCCGUCCACUCGCCUGGCUCGAGUCUACUCACGCCACCCUAUCGCAUCUCCAUGCUCAUCUCGCUGCCUCGCUCGCUUCCGGUGCACCAUCUCUCCCUUCUUCCGUACUCGCUUACUUACUCGAUCGAACCAGCAUCACCUGGCGCCAACAAGUCGCCCUCUGGGUCGGCUACCCUGGCUUCGAAUCAGAUAGAACGGGAGAGCUCGACGAUAGACCUCCUACUCUCAAAUCCAAUUCCAGCUCGAGCUCGUCUCACAUCUCCUCUCCUUGGAGCGGCGCUCUCGUCGAUUGGUCGCUUGAUGAGCGAGGCGAAGAGGACGUAGGAUACACACUCAAGCCUUCGGCCGUACCGAGCUUCUUGCCCUUUCGUCACGCCAGAGCUUUCCUCGAAGCUGGUAGAGCGCUGAGGUUGCUCAAGAAAGCUGCUCCAGAGGACCAUCCACUCGUUCAUCACUGGUCGUUGAAUGCGCAAGAAAGAGCGUCUGUCAGGCGUGUAGAUCUGCCAACAUGGCGUUGGUCGUUGCCCGACUCGCAAGCCCAAGUCAGCGCAGUCGAAGAACAUAUCGUUCAAUUCAAACGCGAAAUUGCACGAUGGCGAAGACAGAGACGCAACACGACCGCUGCAAGCGCAGCGACAUUCAGCACCGCUUCAUCGCCGCUUGCCUCAUCCAUGAUCCUUGCGCAGACUGCCGACGACACUAUCAAACAGGUCGCACCUGUUCACCGGGACGAGGAGGCACUGCCGAUCGAGGAUCACUUCGAACGCAUGUCGCAGCUUUUCACCGCUCUUCCCGGCAUCACCGACUCGAUGCCGAUCGGAGGGACACCUGUGCAUGCUGAUCAAGCAUUGAAUUCCAGUCACGACGUGCCUACAGCUGACGAUGCGGAGCAGUCGCUGCUGCUGUACCUCUCCUCAGCCGCCUUUCCUGCCGUAGCACAGCACGCCAUCUCGCAAUCAUCCUUCGACCGCGUCACGCAGGCCAGCCUCGUUGCCCCAUUCGAGAGCUGGGCUAGACUCAUCAACAUGUCACUGAUCAGCGUCUUUUUCCAAGAUCUCGGACUGGGCACCUACCUCGAGACCUGCAAGCGAUUCCUCCUGCUCGGAAGCAUCCACUUUGAACGUCAGGUGGUGUCAAGCCUGUUCGACGUGGACCGUGCCAGCGUGCUGGACGACGCUUCGGCGACCUCUGGACGUGCAGUCGUGGCCAUGAAUCGCAGAUUGACUGCCGAAGGGGUAUGGCCGCCCAACGACAGUCUGCUUUCAUCUGCGCUCAACACGGCUGUCAUCGAGACGGUUUCGGGCAUGCGUCACGCGCACGAGGAGAGACUGCAUCGAAGCGGCAAGACGGAAGACGCAGUUUCGCUCGCGUUCAAAGAUCUCGAUGAGAGGCUCUCCUUUGCCGUCGUCGAACCGCGAUCUUCCUCGGCAUCAAGCAAAGCGAAGAACAAGUCCAAAUCCAAAUCCAAACCGACCUGGACCGACCCUUCGUCCAUCGACGCCCUGGAUUGGCUCACCUUGUCUUUCCACCCUCCGCCGCUCAUCUCGCCGCUCCUCACGCAGCUGGCGCAGUCUCGCUACCAGCGUCUGUGGAACAUGCUGUUGCGCAUCAAAAGGUGCAAAGUCGCCAUGAGGUCGGCAUGGGCGUGUACGUUCAAGUCUACGAGCGCAGCUUUCACCUUUGACUUCCGCACACGCUCGGUGAUGCAGCAAUUCCGAUGGGAGCUGAAUCACUUCCUCGAUUGUUUCGGAGGAUUCGUGGAAGAGGUCGGCAUCGAGUCGCAUUGGAGUGGAUUCAUGCAGAGGCUGGAAACGGUCAGGCGCGAAGUGAGCGACGAACUGUCCUCUCGUCGAACGGUCAACGGUGCACAGGGGGAAGCGACCGAAGCAGACGCCGAUCUGGACGAAGAGACUCUCGAAGACGAAGAACGAGCUGCGCUCAUGACAUCGUCUCUGGAGCUCAAGGACGUCUUCUCGCUGGCUCGAUAUCACGAACGCGUGCUGGAUCGGAUGCUGUCCACCUGCUUCCUCAAAUCCAAGCAAGCCGGGUUGCUCGCCAUCGUCAACGACCUCCUGCAGACGGUGCUCGACUUUUCGCAACUCUGCUUGGACUUUCACACGCCCGCAACCGACGAGAUCGAGCCGCCGACGUACGACGAUUUCGCAAACCUGCAUCGAUACUUCCGCUCCAGGAUGGACACCCUCAUCCAAGCGUUGGUCAUCCUCAAGGACCGGUCCCCUGCUUCUACCAGCCACACAGUCACCUCUGCUGAGGCCCAGGAUGGCGUGGAUAGCGGCAUGGCAAAACGACGUCAAGACGUAGAAGCGGAGAAACUGCGACUGGCACAGGACGAACUGCAGGAUCUGCGGAUGCUCGACAUCGACGAGGCUGGCAAGAGCGUCGAAGAGAGGGAGCGCGAAGGAGUGGCCAGCGUUGAGGUGUUGUUGGUGAGACUCAAUGCGAGCGGGUUCUACGGCGAGGUGGAUUGA